AUGUAUGCAUCUGCCGCAAUAUCAAGUGACGAAACCAUAUCGGCAGGCGAAUCGCAUCUCGAUCUGAUCAAACUUCCCUAUCGCGCGUGCCCUGUCUGGUUGCGCCUUGUCAACGUGAAAAGACGUGUCUGGGGUGGGGCCGGACGGGGAUAUCUGAGGUGACUAGGCAGUGGCAUUCAACGCGUUAGCCCCGUCUGUCCACUCCUUUGCAGAAAAAUGCUCUAGGAGGCUGCUAAUUUCCUAUUCGUUCUUGCCCCUCAUGUCUUCGAAUCUGUGGCCUGAGUGCAUUCAUCGCAAACCGUCGGGUAACCUUAUACCCGUAAAUGUGUCCUAUUGAACCCUUCUUGACUCAUCGAAGAUAAUCCAGUAAUAAUUACCCAACUUUUGCAUAAAAAUGCCCUACGUGGCACCUACUGUAUAGCAGGCCAUAGGAAGGUGGACAGACAACUGUGAGAAAAGAUGGAUUAGUUAGUCUAAUGAAGCGAUAAAAAUUGCAAAAUAUAUGCACAAGCAUUCAAUCCUCAGUCAUAAAGUUUCAGAGGCCUUCCACACAUAAAACAGCGAUCCCUUCCCGUGGCAAAUAGCGGUUGCCUAUAGCAAAAUGUGCUCUGAACGAGCUCGAACAGAGCUCUGUUGGAACUCUGAUGUGAUCAUUGAACCGAGCUCGUCCAGAGCUCGCGAAAACGAGCCCAAAACGAGCUUCGAAAACGGGCUUGCGAGCUCGUUCCGAGUUUGGCCAGAGCUCCAAAAAAGAGCUCCAGUGCUUAACCAACCAGGGGCUCCCCUCACUUGUACUGCCUCAUUGCCUUUAAUUCCCCAAAUGUUCCCCUUUUAAGUAAUUAAAGGAACACAUGUUAAAAUAAAGAAAGUUUUAUUGGUAAAAAAAUACAUGGCAUCUAAUUAUUGUUUGAAUCCAUUAAAGCCCUAUGGAUGUUGGUUUCCAUUGUCAUAUGUGGGGUCUUCGUUUGUGAUGGCGGGGUCUAAAAGGGAGGGAUUUCGUAGUGGUAAGUAAACAUAUUAUGCCCAUUGGUGGGGUGUUGGGGUGUCAGCGGUGGGCUCACGUGAUGGUCGUGGUGGUCGCUCACUUGCUUGCAGGUGAGGCUACUCCUAGCGUCCAUUUGCUGGCAUCCAACUCUCCCCUGUGGCUCCACGUAGCUGGACUCUGCUCAGCGGCCACACCCAGGGCAACUGCCUCGACCGGCGGGCUAAAGCAGGUGAGGGUAUCCGUGCGGGCACCUGCACACGCGGUACUGUGGUCUGCGCUGGCCGGAUGGAUCUUCGCGUCGACAUCGUCGAGACGAGGCUCUGUCUGGACCAUCGCAGGAGGCCGCCAAGUAAGUUCUUCUUCAGGUAAGUGAAUUUGCUUGUUGAUUCCUUUUUCUGUUGAAGUUCCGUGUCGUACGCUGGUCUUGCUGCCUGCCCUCUAUUUAUUAGUCUGUCUGUUAAUAGCUAGAUAAAACUCUCGAUGCCUGCUUGACUGUCUCUCUGUCAUUCUAUACCUCUCUCUGCUAAUAGCUCGAUGUCACGGUGCUUGACUUUGAAUGGUGCCCUCUCACUUCUGUCUCUGACUGAUGACUGUGUCUGCUUGUCCACUCUAGUUCUAAGUACCAUGCGCUUGGUUGUGUGUAUGCUCUCUCCUACUUCACUCCAUCACAUCAUCACCACCACCAAGGUCCCAGGCUAAUUCGGGUCGUUCUCUCACUAACAAAAAGUCGUGGCCCAUAGUGGAGUCCGGCAGCCUUCUUGAUAACCGGGCAGCCCUAUUCAGGGAUGCGCUGCCUGCCCUCGCGAGGGGGAGGGGGUUAGGAAAGGUGCCCUAAAGAUCGCUGGGAACCAAGUUGUCUGUAGGCUGGCCGUGGCCGCAGACAAAACACACACGGUCGAAACAGCCAAAACCGAAACAACAACAACAACAAUCGCCGCCACAGUCGCCAGACUGGCAGGGUGAGCCCGAUCACUCGGGCAGCCUGGAAUGUUCAUUCCCUUUUAGACAAUCCGAGGAGCAACCGACCGGAACGGAGGACGGCGCUAGUGGCACGAGAACUGGCGCGCUACAAGGUGAACAUGGCCGCACUCAACGAGACCCGUUUCUCCGAACAAGGCCAACUGGAGGAGGUGGGUGCCGGCUACACCUUCUUCUGGAGUGGUCGACCCAGGGCAGAACGACGAGACGCGGGCGUUUCCUUCGCCAUUUGGAACGACAUCGUGGAACGACUGCCCUGUUUGCCGCAGGGCAUCAACGAUCGCCUGAUGAGCCUCCGCCUGCCUCUCUGGGGAGGCAAAUUCGCCACCAUCAUCAGCGCCUACGCUCCGACGAUGACCAACCCCGACGCCGUCAGAGACAAAUUCUACGAGGACCUGCACGCCCUCUGGCGACUGUGUCGAAGGCGGACAAGUUGA